CGAACUGGACAGAGGAACAUUAUAAAAUUAGAUAAAAAAGGUAUAAAUAGGCAUUGAUCUAUAGAAGAGCACAUUCAAGUAGUUAAGUCCGCUUGAUAACAACGAAAAUGCGCGUCUUUUUGGUUGUUUGCCUGUGUCUGGCAGCCGCCCUUGCGGCUGACCCACCAAGGCCCGCAUAUAGUACCUUCGCUCCGUUUACGUUCGCGCCAACGACUCGUCGGUACUCUUACUUCAGCAGCACCACCGCUAAGCCUUUCGCUUACAACCCUUACAACCCAACCCGCUACUACAACCAGAAGUACAACGGUGACAACGCCGGUCGCUACGACCCCGGUCAGUACGACAACUCUGGCAGAUACAUCCCCGACGACUCUGGCAAAUACAACGGUGACCGAGGUGACCGCGGUGGUGCUGGAGGUUUCUACACUGGCUCUGGAUCUGCCGGUGGUCCCGGUGGUGCUUACUCCGGAUCUGGAUCUGCUGGCGGUCCCGGCGGUCCCGGUGGUGCCUACUCUGGCUCUGGCAGCGCUGGCGGUCCCGGUGGCUUCUACAGUGGAAACGACGAUGCUGGACGUUACAGGCCUGAUGGCAGCGGUGCUUACAACGGUGACCGUGGUGACCGCGGCUCUGCUGGAGGUUUCUACACCGGAGACAAGAGCAGCGGCUCUGCUGGAGGUUUCUACACUGGCGACAAGAACAAGGGCUCCGGCUCCGCUGGUGGCAAGCCCAGUGGAUCAGGCAGCGGCUUAGGACUCGGCUCCGGCUCUGGUUCUUACAAGGGAUCCGGUUCCGCUGCUGGAUCUGGCUACGAAUACAAAUACGGCAUCAUCCGUCAGGAGACUGACGUUCUUCCCGACGGUUACCACUACCUCUACGAAACCGAGAACAAGAUUCUUGCUGAGGAAGCUGGCAAACUCGAGCAGAUCGACAACGAAAGCGACGGAAUUAGGGCUAAGGGAUUCUACGAGUACGUUGGCCCCGACGGUAUCACCUACAGGGUUGACUACACCGCUGACGAGAACGGUUUCGUCCCCAGUGGUGCCCACAUCCCCAAUCCCAAACAAAUAGUCUAAAAUAGUUCCUCAUAAACUUUAGGGGUCAUUAAGUUUUUUAAGAACUUAAUAAAAUUCACUGUACCUGCCCAUAAUAAGUACAAUAAAGAUGCUACUUUAUUA